AUGGUUGGAAAAAAUGUUAUGAGAAAAAUCAUGUAUAAUUCAGAAACAAAAAAAUCGAACUUAAAUUCAAAACUAGUUUGUGAUGAUGAAUUAGAUAAAUUACUUAAUUGGCCUUCACUAGAUUUUAAAUACACAGAAAGCGAAAUUAUGAAACAUAUUAUGGAAAAUGAUGACAUAGAAAUAAGAAAAAAUCGUAAUUUAGUCAAUUACUUAGAAGUUUUGUUUAAACCAAAAAUGUAUAAAGAGUAUUUAUUAAUAACUCAAAGUAAUAACAUAGUUGUUAAUCAAAGAGAAUUUGAUAAACUGUAUGAUUCACUUUUAAUAAGCAUGCCGGUAAAAUUAAAAGUUAAUGAAGCCGAAGACAAACUAAGUUUCAUAAAAGCUACGAUUAAUCAAAUAUAUGCCACUCAUUCAACAAUAAUUGAAAAUAAAGAUUUAGGAAUGGAAGAAGAUAUUUAUGAAAAAAAUCUAGCUCAACUGUUAAAAGAACCUACUAUUAAAAAAGAAGACAAUUUUUCAUUAGAAAAUAUUAAAAUAAUACAUUUUCUAAUCAAAUGUGUUAAUCCUUUAUUGAUAAAUGGAAUAUUGGAAAUUAUGAAAAAUAUGCCUGAGGAUCCUAUUGAUUUUUUGGUAGAAUAUAUAUAUAACCAUAAUAUGUACAAUCCAUGUGUUUCUUCACCACCAUUGAAAAAAAAACCAAAAGUAGCUAACAGCCUCAACAAACACCUGUUGUGA